CUGAAACACAGUGGCCCGCAAAAUGCUGUCUCGACCCGAUACCCUCCGAGAAUAUACUCCCCCAUAUUAGUCGUCGAAUGAGGAAGAAAUACCAAAAACGUGAAGCUGAAUGGUCGGUACCAUCCAGAGACAGAAUCUACUGUGCACGGCGAAAAUGUGGUGCUUGGAUUGCACCAAAAUAUAUCCGCAAAUCAGACCGCUCAGCAAAAUGUCCAGAAUGUGCACGCAGAACAUGCACAACCUGUCGAGGAGUAUAUCAUCAUGGUAAAGACUGCCCGGAAGAUCCAGACCUCAGGGCGACGUCAAGACUCGCACGCCUCGAAGGAUGGAUGAGAUGUUUAGACUGUCAUGCCUUCGUGGAGCGUAAGACAGGAUGCCGACAUAUGACAUGUCGGUGUAAGGCCCAAUUCUGUUACAUUUGUGGACGGAGGUGGCUAACAUGUGAUUGCACGGAGCCAUCGGAGCUUGUGGCUAUUGAAGAGGUAGCAGAGACCGGCCAACUUGAGUACGCUAUAAACGCUGAAGCGGAGACUGAGGCUGAUGAAGAGAACCUUGCUCUCCAAAUGGUUACGGACUUCGAGCCGCAAGAGGCUGAAAGGGAAGAAACCGAUGUGGAAGGUGAACAAAGGACAGCGGAAGAGGAACGGCGCCGAGAAGAGGAGCGAGGGAGAGAAGAAGAGGAACAACGGCGUCAAGAAGAACGUAUCACGGCCGUGAGCCUCCGCUUCCAUCAACUCACAGCAGAGCUCUCAUCAUUGCACGAUGCGCAACGCGCUAUCAUAUCCGAGCGCUACGAAUCUGAGACCAGACUCCUAACGAAAGAUCUCGAGGGCGCCCUCGCCAGUCUCUCUAUGCGCCAUCUCUCUGCGAUCCAACGUCUGUCCGCCAAAUCGCAAGGGCGAAUCGCCGACGCAGAACGCAGGUUCGCGCAGGAGUACCAAAGCCGGCUCGCGGAGGAACGCCGCAUCGAGGGGGAAUACGUGAGGCAACUGCAUGGCUACUGGGGAUGAUGAUGGAGAAGCCCAGGAUCGAGUCCGGCACGCGAGGAAUGAGUUGAGACGAGAACACCGGAAGCAACAUAUACCCUGGGAUACGUAUCGACGGAAACAGUUACAUGAUCUAAGGGAAGGGGAGACAAGGGAGAUGGCGCUGUUGAAGCGGGGGCAUGAGAGUGAUGUUAAAGCAGCAGAGUGGAGAUCUAGGCUUGAUGAGGCGGAGUGGAAGAGGAAAAGGUCGGCGGAGGAUGAAUGGGUUGAAGUCAUGAUGUGAGAGAGAACACAUAUGCUGCAGGAGUUAGAGCAGGAGGAGCUUAUCAGGGCUGCACUUUGGACCCCAUAGUUCUUUGAACGUUACCUACCUAUAACCUACCUAUAAGUGAUG